ACGUUAUGUGACGUUUGUCGAGCAGACCUACCUGAUUCGCUGAGUCAAAGGUUAAGCGAACGCUGGAAGUCUUGUCUAAUGAAUAUUAAUGACGUUAUGUGACGUAUAUCGAGCAGGCCUACCUGAUUUGCUGAAUGCUAAGUGCGACUUGCCUCAUGAAUAUUAAUUAGGUCAUACGUCACAGUGCACACAAAUCAAAAGUACUCGUUUGUAAACUGGUUAUAAUAUUUCACCAGAGAUCGACUGAUGACUUAAAGUACAGAGCUGUAGAUAUUUCAUAUAGUUAGCUAGUGGUCUGAAAUUGUGUCUGGCUGUAGCAUACUUUGUUUUUAAACCACACCCCACACAACCGUUUUUAAACAGGUGAGGUCACGUCGACUGCCGUCACUGUACGUGUGCCUCGGCAGGACACUGGAUGUCAUGGCUGUGCCUUUACCGUGCGACAGCAGUGAUGCAGCGUUCGCCUGGUUCACAGAAUUCCAGCGCAGCAGCAUUUUGACGAAUGGAAUUGUUCCAGAAUGGUUCCACGGCAUAAUAUCCAGGAAGGCUGCGGAGGAUGAGUUGAAGUGCAAGCCUCCUGGUUACUUCCUCAUUCGUGUUAGUGAGAGCAGAGUGGGUUAUACAUUAUCUUAUCGAGCUGAAGAUCGCUUCAGACACUUCAUGAUUGACGUCUUGCCAGAUAACCAGUUUAUUAUAGUGGGAGAAAGUACACACUAUCGUUCCCUCCAUGACUUGGUGGCCUUCCACCGCAGAAGCCCCAUUUUACCCUACAACGAACUGCUGACUGUGGCUUGUGAACAGGGCGGCAAAACCAACUACGCCGAGUUGUUUUUGCCUCGAAAGAAAGAGCUAAACGCUGGACAGGUUGAAUGGAUAAAUUCUCCAACACAAGCACAUACGCCUCGUUCAGAUAUCUCAGAACACAACGCGACUUCGGCGCUCCAAACCGAUGUGCCUGCGCUACCUUCAAGUCCUUCUGCGAGACUGUAUCCAAGCUUGGAGACGGAAUUGACCACUUUGAAUCUACAGAGCACGGAUCAGCCAACAAAGCCUGUUCCUAAGCCUAGAACAAUAUUCACUUCCACAACUCAUGACACGCCACCACAGUUACCGCCCAGAAUGUGCUUGCCAAGUCGCCCGCAAGCAACCGCGGAGGCCGACAGAUCGCAAGGGUUGACGUCGGUAAGCCCUGACAAACAUCAAAUCGCAGCCAGCUCACCCGUUGAAGGCCGUACCCAACAGAAAAACCAACAACAUUUGAAACCUGUGGUCUUGAGCCUGGCGCAAAUUAAGAAAAAGCUUAAAAAGAAACACUCUGAAGAUCACACGUAUGAGGAGAUCCCCAAAGAUGCGUGUCAGGAGGAUCCGACUCUUCCUGCUAUGGACAGCAGUACCAUGAACCCUAAACAACAGGCGGAAAAUGAAUAUCAGGAGUUAUCUGAUUGUCGGUCAUCUGACGGUAUUCCCAACUUUGCAGAUAGAGAAUUACCAUACGAGUACCUAAAUCCACCUCCUUUUGCACCUGGGUACUAGAUAAAAACAUAAAGAUGGGUGGAUUUAAGUUGUAUUGCCAUUGAAUAGCGAGACAACAUAUGUCUCUUUGUUGUGAUGAUCUUUUUUACUAUGCAUUUCAAUGUCUG